CAUUAGAAGCACAUCAAAGCUUCAACUACCUACAACGAUUGGAAAAGUGCGUGUGUGAUUUAUAAGAAUAAUAAAAAAAGAAUUUUAGAAAAUAUAAAAUUAAUAUAAAAAUAUUAAAUUUCAUUUGAAAUUACACAAAAUGAGAGUUAUAUUCUUAUGUGCCUUUAUAACAUUGGCGGCCGCCUCCCGCAAUCAUCAGAUUAUAGUUUUGAAAAGUGAAAAUCCUACUACUGAGUACAGAGAAGAGGAUUCGAAAGGAUUUUAUUCAUACGGUUAUAGUAGUGAUGAUUCUGCCAAAGCUGAAUAUAAAACUAGAGAUGGUUCAUCCAAAGGAUUUUACUCGUACAUAGAUUCUGAGGGAAAAUUACAGACAGUAAAAUAUGAAGCUGGACGCAGACAGGGUUUUACGGCUUCAGCUACUAAUUUGCCAACACCACCUAUGGAUAAUAAUCGUGCUCCCGAGCCAGUACAAGAUACACCCGAAGUUGAAAUGGCUAAACAGGCUCAUUUUGAGGCUUAUCGUGAGGCUGCUAUAAAGGCAGCCAUGCAGCCAGAUACCGGUGAUAAUGGCAGUGAUGCUGAGGAAGAUACUAAUGAGACAGCUGCUGCAGCAUCUGGAGAAGCUGGUGCAAAUGGUCUUACUGCCGCUUCCUCUGGUGAGCAUAAUUUAAGUGCUGAACAGGCGGCUCAAUUAGAAGCUGAUUUACAGCAAAACACCCGUGAAUUGCUCAUGAAUCGUCAAAGUUCUCGUGAGCAAUUAUUGCAACUUUUGAGAGAACAACAACAAUUGGCCUCUCAAGAAAGUCAUAGCAGCGAAUUGAUUGCUCAACAGCAGCAACAACUGCUUAGUCAACAACAGCAGCAACAACAACAACAGCUGCUUAGUCAACAGCAACAACAACAGCAGCAACAACAACAACAACUGCUUAGUCAACAACAACAACAGCAGCAGCAACAACUCCUUAUUCAACAACAGCAGCAGCAACAACAACUGCUCAGUCAACAACAUCCACAACUUAUGACCACCUAUGUCCUAAAUGCUGAAGCGCGCGUAGAGCAACCCACACUUUCUCAAUUGAAAACAAUUUAUCGUUUGGACAGCUCAGACUCUAAAGUCGAAUUGAAACUUGGUGGUUUAGAUUUGGAUAACGGUCAACAAAGAACCCUUGACCUAGUGCAACAAACUGCUCAAGUUCCACAACUUUCGUCAGAGCAACAAAGUUUGGGUACCUUUGAAUCUAUACGUGUACCCUCCAACUCCUAUUACACCGUCAAUAAUCCCGAUACCCAUUAUACCGUUGAAACACCAACUGUCUUGACCACUUUACCACGUCUAGUAUCCAUUAGUUUGGGUAAUCAUCGUCAAUUGCCCAUCUCCUUGAGCACAGCCUUUUCAUCUCAACGCUUAAGCGGUAAAUCAACAAGUCAUUAAGAAUGUAGUUGUUUUGUUUUCGUUUGAGAUUCAAAUUUGCAGUUGUAUGUGUAUUUAAUGAAAUAAUUAUAAAACUGGCAAAAUAUAUUUUAAUUAUAUAUGUAUAUGUAUGUUGUAAACCAAAUGUAGAUACAUUUUAGAAGGAUUAAUAAAAACGCAAUGACAUUAA